UCAAAAUGUAUCACUCUAUGAGAAUAUACGUACCUCCUCAUGUCUAAAACAUUUAAAAUAUUAAUAAUUAUGUGUAAAAAUGAAUAACUGGAUCCUCAGAAUAAGAAAAGCUGUCAGCUGAGGGAAAGGAUCCUGUCCAUGCAUCAAAAGAACUUACAUAAAUAAAACAAAAUUCUCUAAAUGUAUUGAAGAAACUGUCCACAACUUCAAAGUUUGGAACAUUUCCUGAUGCAAAUAAACAGGCAGUAGUAUUGUUCACUUUGACAAAAUCUACAUCCAUAACAUGACAUGACUUGGCAUCCAUAUUAGAAAUUCACUUGUUAGGUAUCAACCUUUCCCAGAUUGUGGCAUUAAAAAAGCACUAAAUUUAGGGCAUUGCAGAGCAACCUAAGCAAAACAUGCAUUUCAACAGGAACAAUACAAUGGCAAGGACACUACAGCAUAUAUAUAAUAUGGAUCCUACGCAAUUCUGCAGUUGGAGAAGGUUUCUAUGACAGAACCGAUCAACAUGUGGAAACUCACUAUGUUUGCGCUUGGAAUGUUGUGUGCAGUGGCACUUCUUUGUCCAUGUGUGGCUGAAAAUGCAGACACAGACAUGGUGGAGCCGGCCAAGGAGCUCUCUGUGAGGUCUGAACCAAAGCCCAUAGCUUUCCCAGGAGCAGAUGCCAUAAUGGACGACCUCAACACAUUCACCACAAGCUUCAAAGAGUUCCAAACUAGUCUGUUUUCGUCUACAUUAGACAAAAUCAUUGAUUUUUUGAAAAUGUUAAUUGAUCUUCUUGAAGCUCUGAAGGAAAAACUUAAGAAGGCCAUAGACUUCCUUAGCCAUCUGCCAUUCACUGACAAGCUUGUUAAUGCCUUGAAAAAUAUUUGUGAUUGGAUAGAUAGACUCUUGAAACUGCUCAGAGCAUUGCUUAAGGUGUUUGAAGCACUGGACAAUUUCUUCAACAAACUCAAAGAAUUAUUAGGACAAGCAGACGAAAGUUCCAAAUCAUUAGGAGAUAGACAUGGAGAUGUAGAUGAUGUGCCAUCUUUGGAUGAACUCUUCAAAAUGCUGAGCGAAUUCCUGGAAGAACUUAGACGUGUGCUAUUCUGUAAAUGCCCUUGG